AUGGCGGGCGCGGUGCGACAGCCUAUCGACGAAAAGGCAUUGGCCAAGUACAUUGACGACAAUGUGCCGGUCAUCAAGACGCCAAUUGAUCUGAAGCAGGUUCUGAGCUCGGCUUGCUUGCAGUUCGGCUUUGGCCAAUCCAACCCAACAUACCAAAUCACCGACGCCACAGGCCAGCGCUACGUCCUGCGCAAGAAGCCGCCCGGAAAACUCCUCUCCAAGACGGCGCACAAGGUGGAGCGCGAGUACCGCGUGCUGCACGCGCUGGAAGCGACGGACGUGGCGGUGCCCAAGACGUUUUGCCUGUGCGAGGACGAGGCCGUGGUCGGGACGCCGUUCUACAUCAUGGAGUUCCUCGACGGGCGCAUCUUUGAGGACUUUUUGAUGCCGGGCGUCGGCCCGGAGGAGCGGACGGCGCUGUGGAAGGAGGCGGUGCAGACGCUGGCGAGGCUGCACGCCGUCGACGUGAAGCAGGUCGGGCUGGACAAGUUUGGGCGGGCCGAGGGCUUCUAUGCGCGGCAGACGGAGACGUGGGCGACCAUCUGCGAGAGCCAGGCCAAGGCUGUGGACGUCGAGACGGGGGAGCCCGUGGGACAGCUGCCGCAUUUCGAGGAGCUGGUGGGAUUCUUCCGGGACGAGAGGUUGAGGCCCAAGGAUCGGGCGACGCUGGUGCAUGGGGAUUACAAGAUUGAUAAUCUGGUGUUUGAUAGGAAGGAGGCGAAGGUGAUUGGCAUCUUGGACUGGGAAAUGUCCACCAUCGGGCACCCCCUCUCGGACGUUUGCAACUUCAUCACGCAGUUCUACCUCGCCCGCUCCCCCGGCGCGUCCGCCUACGCCGACAGCGCCAACUUCCUCCCCGGCAAGACGCCCGGCCUGCCGCAGCCGGACCAGAUCGUGCAGUGGUACACCGAGGUGUCGGGGUACGACCCGCGGCCGGAGCUGGGCUGGGGCGCCGCGUUCAACAUCUUCAAGCUGGCGGGCGUGUGCCAGGGGAUCGCGGCGCGGUAUGCGGCGCGGCAGGCGAGCAGCGCCAAGGCGAGGAUGUACAUCCAUACGAGGGUUCCGCUGGCGGAGUUUGCGUGGGAGCUGGCGAGGGAGGCGAGGGAUGCGAAGGGCCCUCACAUGACGGACCGACGCAGACGGAUCCGCGUCUCCGAGGAUGCGCCCGACGAGCGCCGCCCGCUGCUCAGCAGGCUGUCGACGGAACGGGCCCCCAAUGGCGAGCACGUCUUCAGCUGCCGCACGAACCCGCACAGCGACCUGCCCGUGUACACCAACAUCCACCGCAUCCGGCGCGACAUUGUGAGCGUCGUCGAGGACUAUCUGACGCUGGAGCAGCUGCGGGACCUCAAGAUUAAUGUGACGGUGAUCCGGCCGCUGGUGGACAAGUUUUACGAGCUGGGCGAUGUGUCGAUAGUCUACUGCCUCCUCGUCAACAGAGCCCAGUUCCUCGACGAAGAGUCCCGCUCCAGCAACCGCCAAAACGUAAACUGGACGCGCGCCACCCUCUGCGAGCUCAUCGCCACCCGCAUCCUGCGCCGCUUCGGCGAGGACAACGAUGGCGACGCCGACGGCCUGCUGCUGCUGGCGCACAUCCUCGUCGCCGGCUUCGAGCCCUUCCAGCACGCGCCCGCCCACGUCCGCGACGAGGUCGAGGACAAGGCCUGGUGGACCUCGCACCGCACCCUGCCCGCCCUCGAGGUCGCCAUCCUGACCGAGAGCAGGCACUUUCUCAGCUCGACGACGUGCCAGCGGGUCGUCGCGGCGAUUUACGAGGGGAGGGUCAUUUACACGCCGUCGACGUCGUGGGACAUUAUCCCGGACCACUACAAGCUGAAGCCCAUUUCGCUGUACGAUCCGCGGGAGUCGCCGCUGCUGAACCAGUAUCGCCUGAUUGUGCCGCGGACGCGCAAUUACCUCGAGGCGAUUCAGUUUACGAUCCUGCUGGGGCUGUAUGUUGCUGUCAUGGUCAUGCGGAGGAAAGGAGAGCUCCCGUAUCUGGAGGCGGCGUUUGCGGUUUAUGCGUUUGGGUGGUGCUUGGAUCAAUUUGCGACGAUUUUGGCACACGGAUGGAACGUAUACACGCAGAAUCUAUGGUCCUUUCUCGACGUCACCUUUCUCUUUCUCUUCGUCAUCUACAGUGGCCUGCGCCUGUAUGGAGUGCGAACGGACUCGCCGGUGCUCGCGGAGCAAGCCUUUGAUGUCUUGGCCCUCGCCGCCCCCGUGCUGGUUCCCCGGCUGGCCUUUAACUGGCUGUCCGAUAACCUCGUCUUUCUAUCGCUGCGGUCCAUGAUGGCCGAUUUUUUCCUCCUAACGGCGCUUUCGGCCUGGUGCUUCUUUGGAUUCUUGCUGUCUCUGCUGUGGUUGGGGCAGGGAGCCCAUCCGCUGCUUACAAUUUCAAAGUGGAUGAUAUACAUCUGGUUCGGACUUGACGGGACGGGAAUCCACAGAUCGGUGGAAUUCCACUGGCUCCUGGGACCUGUCGUCAUGAUCACAUUUGCUUUCCUCGGCAACACUCUAUUCCUCACCAUCCUCGUCUCCAUGCUGUCCAAUACGUUCAGCAACAUCUCCAGCAACGCUGCCGCCGAGAUACACUUCCGAAAGGCUGUCCUCACGCUCGAGGGCGUCAAGGCGGACGCUGUCUUUGCCUACCAGCCACCGUUCAACCUGCUUGCCGUAUUCCUUCUUUUGCCGCUCAAGUUCGUCGUCAGCCCGCGCUGGUUCCACAAGAUCCAUGUCGCCACUGUUCGUCUGGUCAACCUCCCCCUGUUGCUGUUGAUCGCUGUCGCCGAGCGCCGUCUGCUCUGGCCGGCAAAGACGUUCGAGACGGGCACCGUCGGCUCUCUGGCCCAGAAGUGGUUCUGGCAAAGGUGGCAGCUCUCGGCCUUUCAGUACAUCCGCGCGGUAUUUGAUGUGCCGCCUCCAGAUGAUGUGCAUGACGAUAUUGCCGUCGACGACGACUUGACGCACCACCUCAUUCGGAGGCAGUACGCGCGGCAAGAGACGCACGACACGACGAGAAAGGCUUCGCGCCGAGACUCCAUGUUUGAGAUACCGCCUAAGCUGCGUGGUUCGCUCACGGAAGCGGGCGAAGGCUUUGACGAUAUGGCGAGCCGACUGGCAGCCAUGGAAAAGUCCAUGGCACGGAUGGAGGAGAUGCUCCUGCGGCUUCUACCGUCGGAGAACGACGAGGCUGACGAGAGUGAUACGCUGCCCGAGGGCGAUGGCACCACUCUGUCGUCGAACUUCAAGGGGCGAGAAACAAACUUUUGAAGCAUAAGGGUUUAUGUGAGCGUUUUAGAAUAGCGAUCUGUGCAUGGAUAUCACGGCAUUUAGCAUGAGUAUUUGGCGUUUUUGGUCUUG